AUGGGCAAUUUUAAAAGUAGUCUAAAAGGAGACAAACAAAAUGGAACAAGUAUUAGUAAAAGCAUCGACAGACAAUUAAAGGCUGAUCAAAAGAGAAUGAAGAGGGAAGUGAAACUCUUGUUGCUAGGUGCGGGAGAAUCUGGAAAAUCAACAGUGAUCAAACAGAUGAGAUUGAUUCACGCCUCUGGAUUCAAAGCGAGUGAACGAGAGGGAUUUAGAGUCAUUGUAUUUUUAAAUGUAUUUUCAACUAUGCAAACAUUAUUAGAAGCAUUAGAAGUAUUAAAUUUACCAUUGGACGAUCCUGUGCUAAGAGAGUAUACAAAAUUAUUCAAACAAACGCCUUCAUUAGAAGAAAAUCAACCUUUUCCCGAGCUAUAUCUUCAACCACUCAAAUCACUCUGGAAGAAUGAGAGUAUACAAACUGCGUAUCAAAAGGGAAAUAUGUUUGCAUUACACGAUAAUAUAUCAUACUUUUAUGAUCAGAUAGAUAAUCUCUGGAGCCCGGGCUAUAAGCCAUCAGAUCAAGACAUCAUUCGGUGUAGAGCAAAGACGACGGGUAUAGUGGAGACCACAUUUCAUCUCGGUAAUCUGACUUAUCGCAUGUUUGAUGUGGGUGGACAAAGAAGCGAAAGAAAGAAGUGGAUACAUUGCUUUGAUAACGUUACAGCUAUUUUAUUUGUGGUGGCUAUAAGUGGUUACGAUCAAUGUUUAGCAGAGGAUAGAGCAUCGAUGCAUGAAGCACUUAUGCUGUUUGAUACAACAUGUAAUUCACACUGGUUCAUAAAGACAUCCAUGAUCUUACUACUAAACAAGAUUGAUAUUUUUAAGAAAAAGAUAAACUAUUCACCUAUCGAACAUUACUUUCCUGAUUACCAAGGUCAUGUUCAUAACUUGGAUACAGCUAAAAACUACUUCAAGCAGAGGUUUCAAAGGCUAAACAGAAAUCCAGACAAGAGAAUCUAUGUUCAUUUUACAGACGCAACGGAUACUCAUUUAUUACAAAAUGUGAUGGUAGCAGUAUCAGAUAUUAUCAUCAAUGAAAAUUUGAAUAGUAUCAUGGUUAUUUAA